AUAUACGUGAACACCUUUUUCAGGCAAAAGCAUCGUUCGUUUUUUGUGUCUCUCUCUUGAUUCUUGAGUUCUUUUGGAUUUCUAUUCGCUUUGGAUUGCGGCAUUUCAAUUUCGUGUGAAAUCUUCAUCAGUUGAGUAGUAAUGGGUAACCCUGAAUCUGAUAAUACGUUGAAGGAUUACUACAUUCCUGAUUACAUACUUGUACCUGAAUCAAAAGUCGAUGAAGCGUCCCAUAUACCAGCCUGUCCUGUGAUAGUAUUCAUCAAUUCUAAAAGUGGUGGGCAGCUUGGGGGAGAACUUCUGAAAACUUAUCAGACUCUUCUUAAUAAAAAUCAGGUUUUUGAUUUGGGAGAAAAGGCUCCUGACAAGGUGCUACACCAGCUUUACUUCAAUUUGGAGAAGUACAAGAAAAGAGAGGAUAACCUGGCCACUGAAAUUGAGAAGAGAUUGAAAAUAAUUGUUGCUGGUGGGGAUGGUACAGCCGGUUGGCUCCUUGGAGUAGUCUGUGAUCUCAAAUUACCUCGGUCACCACCAAUUGCUACAGUGCCAUUGGGAACUGGAAACAAUCUUCCAUUUGCGUUUGGCUGGGUAGGGAUUUAGUGUUAAUAUUUUAUGGUGU